AUGGAGCUCUCGAAGCAGGCGCGGGGCAGCGGGCCGGCUUCGCGACCGUUGCCAUCGGCGGCCCUCAAUUCCAAGCAGCCCGCGAACCACGCCAUGGUUGGCCCUGGCAACUGGGGGGUGCAAGUGCCAACCAGCGCCUACCUGAUCGUGCCCAUGGGUGGGCAGCCGGCGCAGGUUGGUGCGUCUAGUCCCAACGCGUCGCACCAUCCUGGGGCGAGGCCUGUGAGUAGGGUGUCCUUGAGGCCGCCGCAGCAGGUGCUGAGUGUCCAGCCGACUUUGCCAGUGAUUCUUGCAUCACCAGCUCCGUCUGUUAUGAGAAAGAAGGUGGCAGCAUCGCCCAAGGUUCAGAUGUUGAAGCCAGUCCCAUCCCAGGUACCACCUGCUUGCAAGGGUUUUGUGCAAAAGGGGCCUCUAUUGAAAGCACAUCCACAGUUGUCUGACUCUGAGACCGUGAGAUCAAAGUUCAGGGAGAAUCUAGGUGCUGCCUUGUGUGUGGAUUCUGAUCAGCAGAUUGUGCAGAAAUCUGCUGGAAAUAUUUCAACUUUUAGAUCUGCCUGUGAGACAAAGCAUGCAGACGGUGGUACAUUGCAGAAACCAAGCACAUGCAUAACCCUGAAUGAAGGUAAAGCUCAUACUGGUACUGGCCCCAAAUCUGUUGGUAGCAUAAACGAACAACAUGAUACGUUAAGCGGUGGAAUUUUGGGAUCAAACAUGGCCAUCAAAGUGAGUGAAGAUGCACAGGAACAAUCAAUACAUGUUUGUUUGGAAAAUGAUGUAUCGGGUAACAGCACUGUUGCUUCAGAUGAAUUUUUGCAACGCCAUGGGCCUCUCUGUGCUCCUGACAUUGUCGUUGGAGCUUCUGAAUCCAUUUCACCGCUUAAUUCAAAGAGAGCCACAACUUCUGAUACUGAUGAUGGGGCUACUGUACUUCUGAAUGAGCCUGAGUAUAAAAGAACAAAGACUUCAGAUGGUGUAACAUGGGAACAGAAGGGUAUAGUUCUAAAGGGGCAAUCUUUGGCACUUAGAAUUGAAGAGGAUCUGUUCAAACUAUGUGGAGGGGUGAGUAAGAAAUACAAGGAAAAAGGCAGAUCACUUUUGUUUAAUUUGAAAGAUAAAAGUAAUCCUGUGCUGAGGGGACGGGUCUUAUCUGGUGAGAUUACACCCAAAUGUCUAUGUUCAAUGAUUACUGAAGAACUUGCUUCAAAGGAGCUUUCGGCUUGGCGGCUGGCUAAAGCUGAAGAGCUUGGUAAGAUGGUUGUUCGUCCUAAUAGAGAAGUGAACAUUCAACGAUUGGUGAGGAAAACACAUAAAGGUGAAUUUCAUCUUGAAGUGGAGGAGACUGAUAGCAUUUCAGUCGACGAUGAGCUCAGAGGUGAUUUGCUUUCUCAUAUUCCAUCAAAAUCUAUUGAAGGUCGAAUCAAAUGUGAUGAUGGAGUAAGUGUACACACGGGAGACAUGGAACCUGAUAACACUGUGCAAUAUGGAUUUGCUGGGAUUGGCAACAAGAAUCUUCCAGAAAUUGUGUGUCUGGAUGAUUUCGUGGAGGCCCCUGAUUCUGAUAUACCCUUGGAAUGCCAUUCCACUGAAACUGCACAAGAUGAUCCUAAUUUUACUGAUAGAUCUUUCCACACGUUGAAGCCAGAGAAAAAUCAUAUAGGGGAGGAUAAUGCUGCUCCAUCAGAGUUCGGAUGCACAUAUGUUGCACCAUCACCACAAGAUAAUUGUCAGGUCCGCAUAAGAUCACCCAAAAAUGGAUCAAUUCGCAUCUUGAGUCCGGCAAAACAACCAAAGGGAGGUUUGUUAAUCAAAUCUUCCCCUGAAAAGAUGGAUGCUGAAAUACCUGAUACUGGAUGUGCUAUGCAGUCAAAGGCAAUUUCUUUAUGGGAGGGAACAAUUCAGUUAAAUUUGUCUUCACGUAUAAAUGUUGUAGCUAUCUUCAAAAGUGGUGAAAAGCCAUCAACAAAUGAGUGGUGCCGCUUUGUUGAGAUCAAGGGAAGAGUGAGUCUUACUGCUUUUCAAGACUUCCUUGAACAACUGCCUAAAUCCAGGAGCCGUGCUGUAACGGUAACUGAGUUGCGUUGGAAGGAGGGUUCUCAUGAAAGUGGUCGGCAGCAAUUCAUGCAGACAAUUGACUCAUAUAUUGCAGAUGAGAGAGUAGGACUCGUAAAGCCUGCCGAAGGGGUGGAUCUCUACGUAUGCCCUUCUCAAGGGAAGACAGCUCAGGUUCUCACAGAUCACCUGCCAAAGGAGCACUCGGGCAUCCCAACUGUGACCGGAGGAGUACCUGUUAUUGGUGUCUUUGUGUGGCAGAGGCACCGUGUUUGUACCCAAACACCCACAAGGCGUGAGGGUUCCACGGUGCAGUCGUCUAUGCCCAUCUCAAGGAAGCAGCAGGCUGUGAUUGCUACGACUUCCGUGCCCAUGUCUUCCCAGCUUACCAGACCUGCCUCCCAAUUUGUCCACCCCAAUGAGCAUCAUUGCCUUGAGUAUGAUGCUACCUACGAUGUUCCUCUGGGCUUUGGCCAAGGCGUCGUCAAGGAUGACAAUGACCUUCCUGUAUAUGACCGUGCUAGCAUCUCAAGCAGAUCCCUGUCCCCAAAUGAAGCUAUGCCAUAUUCCUACGGGAGGCAGCAGCAUGGGCAGGCUCCUUCUCCCCCAAUGGACCUAGUCAGUCAACUGGUUCGCAAGUUUGGAGGAAUGUAUGAUUCAGCCCAGCCCUGGGAUCGCAGCCAUGACGACUUACCAGAAUGGGAUCCAAGCUUGAGUGGUCGCCGGUAUAAUGCAAGGCAGCAGCAGCCUGUGUUGCCAUGCCCCUUGUCCCAGGCUUACACUCUGGCUCAGGAACAUGCCAUGACCGUGCAGUGGCCCUGGAAUCACCAUGCUGAAGCUCUAUCCGUGCAGCCUGGCUGGCAGUCCCAGCCCUCAGUGGCAAGACAUCCGGCAGGGGACCAGGUUUGUUGUGGAGCCCGACGUGGUUGUGCCCAAGCCGACCUCACUGAGAGGAGCCAGGGAGCCAUGGCUUGGAAGUUGGAAGCCGCACUAGCAAGUAGUUGA